AUGGAAGGAGAAGGUUCGCUGGAGUUUCAGGAGUGGGAGGUUCAUUCCGACGCCGAGGCUGUUGUGGUUAGGUCCCCUGUAUUGGAGGAGAAUCGGAGGAGUUUUGAGGAGAUCGAGGUGGAUUCCGCUGGCUUAUCAGGAUCCGCUCAGUAUCAUCAUGCUUCUCAUACUGCUGAAAGUCUAUUAACACCCACUCAGUUGUUUCAUUCAUUUUACCUUGGUGCAGCCGGUGCAAGGGGCAUCACAUUGGACCCAAGUAAGGUUGCUACCAGUGUUGAUAUCUAG